AGACGCAAAAUGGAGAUAUGGCAUUCCAUAGAUUUGUUGGAAGGGAAGAGCUUGUGGAGGUGACCGGUUUCUGGAUCUGUUGACCGGGUCUGUCUCCUUUCCUCCCCUCUCUUCUUCCCUUUCCUUCACUUGACGUUAAAGCUUCUGGAACUACCUUCUCCUCUCUCUUUUCUUUUCCCAACCAUUUCUUCCUGACUCGCUUGAAUUCCUCUGCAAAAUUCUCUUUUUCUUUCUUUUGGGGGAACACAGAGAGAAGGAGAGAUGUGGGUAUUGUUCUAUUUGAUCUCGCUACCCCUGACAUUAGGGAUGGUGAUACUGACGUUGAGGUACUUCGCCGGCCCAGACGUCCCUCGCUACGUCCUCUUCACCGUGGGAUACGCUUGGUUCUGCUCUCUCUCCAUCAUCAUCCUCGUCCCUGCCGACAUUUGGACGACAAUAACUGAACAAGAUAAUGGAGGCAUUGCUUUCUUUUGGAGUUGGUCAUAUUGGAGCACUUUUAUACUUACUUGGGCUGUGGUGCCCACUAUUCAGGGUUAUGAAGAUGCUGGGGAUUUCACUGUGAAAGAAAGAUUGAAGACUAGCGUACAGGGAAACCUAUUGUUCUAUCUGAUUGUGGGAUCUAUUGGCCUUUUCGGACUUAUCCUACUCGUUAUUAUGCACAGGUAUUGGAUUGGAGGUGUUGUUGGUUUAGCCAUGGCUUGCUCAAAUACUUUUGGGCUCGUUACUGGUGCAUUUCUUCUUGGAUUUAGUUUGAGUGCAAUUCCAAAGAGCAUUUGGAGAAAUGCAGAUUGGACCACUCGCCAGAAGGUUCUCUCCCAUAGGGUUGCUAAAAUGGCUGUGAAACUAGAUGAUGCGCAUCAAGAAUUUUCAAAUGCUAUUGUUGUUGCUCAAGCAACAUCAAAUCAGAUGUCCAAGCGUGAUCCCUUAAGACCCUACAUGGACGUGAUCGAUAAUAUGUUGCGUCAGAUGUUUAGAGAAGACCCCUCCUUUAAACCACAAGGAGGUAGAUUGGGAGAAAGUGAUAUGGACUAUGAUACUGAUGAGAAAUCAAUGGCUGCACUUAGGCGUCAACUUAGGAGAGCUCGAGAAGAGUAUUACCGGUACAAAAGUGAGUAUAUGACUAAUGUCACAGAGGCCCUUGAACUGGAGGAUACCAUAAAAAAUUAUGAGCAUCGCAGUGCUACUGGAUGGAAAUAUGUUUCAAGCUUCAGACCUUGUCGAACUGGCAAAAUAGGAUCCCUCCUUGAUAUGAUAGAGUUGGUUUGGAAAUGUAUACUGAGAAAGCAACUUGAGAAACUCUUGGCUAUAAUACUUGGGUGCAUAUCCGCUGCAAUUCUUUUGGCAGAGGCUACCAUACUGCCAAGUGGAGUUGAUUUGUCUCUUUUCUCCAUUCUCAUAAAUGCUGUUCGGAAGCAAGAGGCUCUUGUACAGAUAUUUGCUUUUGUACCCCUGAUGUACAUGUGUGUGUGCACAUAUUAUUCCCUCUUCAAAAUUGGAAUGCUAAUGUUUUUCUCGCUAACGCCAAGACAAACAAGUUCAGUCAGCUUGCUUAUGAUUUGCUCGAUGGUUGCACGUUAUGCGCCUCCAAUAUCUUACAACUUUCUCAAUCUCAUUCAUCUUGAAGGGGAUAAGACUCAUAAGAGAACUAUCACUGUCUUCGAAAGAACAAUGGGGAAUAUCGAUGAUGCUGUUCCUUUCUUCGGGAAAGAAUUUAAUAGAAUCUAUCCACUUAUUAUGGUUAUUUACACCCUGUUAGUUGCAAGCAAUUUCUUUGACCGGUUAAUUGAUUCUUUUGGGAGCUGGAAAAGAUUCAGGUUUCAAAAUGAGGCAGAUGAUACAGAUGGAUUUGACGCGUCAGGGAUAAUUAUCCUGCAGAAAGAACGAUCUUGGCUUCAAGAAGGACGGAAGGUUGGUGAGCAUGUUAUCCCAUUGGCAAGGAAUUUCAACAAUAUUAGUAUGGAUACGGAGUCGGGCAGCAAUGACACAGGCAAAAGUGCUGUUGAACUGAGAGCAACUACCAGCUUAAUCAAGGAUGGUAGAAAGGGAAGUCAAUCAAAAUCAUCAACGGAAGAUACCUGGAAAUAUGGCACGAGCAGAGAAGCAAUUGGAAACAAGUACAUGGCCAUAAGAGAACAAAGAAGACAAGUGUCUUCAACAAAGUCAUCAGAGACAAACAUAGCCUCUGCAAAGGUUUCUUUGCUUACUGCAGCCAACUCUCAGAACCAGUCUGGUAACACAACAGGUGGACCAUCUGCGGCGGGGUUAGCCUCAACAUGGGAAUCGAUGAAGACAGGUUUUCAAAAUAUUAAAGCAAACAUUGGCUCCAAGAAAUUUCUUCCUCUACGCCAGGUUCAGGAGACAAAACUCGUCUCCCGUGACUCCUCUUCUGAGUCCCUUGAUGAUAUAUUUCAGAGACUAAAACGACCAACUCUAGACCAUAGGGAUUACAAUGGUGAUGGGGACAAUGACAUUGAUUCCAAUCAUACAGGUACCACCAGAUAAUACAUGCAUUCAGAGAGGAAACAUAAUUGCUAGUCUUCUGUAUAAAUUGGGUGUGGGUGUCAAUUUUUGGUUUUUGUGAAUCCCACAACAUGUACAGGUUGCAGAAAAGACAUUCCUGCUUUGUGCUCACUAUAUUCUUUGGCAUUGGAUCUCCUAAAGCACUGAGAAGGUUAUCUCUAUAUGAACUAACUGUAUCUUUCUGUAA